UUCAAAUUUUGUAAUCUAAAUUAUUUAUUAAUAAUAAUAAAUUUGUAAAAAAAAAACAAAAAAGAAAAAAGGAAGAUGAGGAAAUUGAAGUUUCAUGAAAAGAAGCUGUUAAAAAAAGUGAAUUUCUUGGAAUGGAAAAGAGAAGAUGGUCAUAAGGAAGCUUAUAUUAUGCAACGUUAUCAUAUUAUUGAUCGUGAUGAUUACAAAAAGUAUUCGGGUUUGGUUAGAAUGGUACAAAGACUAGUUCACAUAUUGAAGCAGAUGGAUCCUAAAGACCCUUACCGUAUCCAGAUGAGUCGGGCUCUUCUUGAAAAGCUGUACAACAUUGGUGUGAUAUCAUCUCAGGAAAGCUUAGCUAAGCUUGCUGGUGUGGAGAAGAGGAUAUCCGUUUCUUGGUUUUGUCGACGUAGGCUUGCAACUGUAUUGGUAAAGUUGAAGUAUUGUGAACGCUUGAAGCAAGCUGUGACAUUUAUAGAACAAGGGCAUGUUCGAGUUGGUCCAGAAACUGUUACUGACCCAGCAUAUCUAGUAACAAGAAACAUGGAAGAUUUUAUCACAUGGGUUGAUGAAUCCAAGAUAAAGAGAAAGGUCUUGGCGUAUAAUGAUCAGCUCGAUGAUUAUGAUGUAAUGGCUUGACAGAAUCCUACAUAUGAUUUUGAACCAUGAACAACAAUGAUUUUUAACCAUGAAGAUAAGUUAUAAUAGCAUUGGUGGAGUAUCAUAAUCGGACCAUUUUUGGUAGCUGCUACUAUGUUGUGUUGUAUGUUUGAUAUUUGCUACUUCUUGAGAUACAUCUUGAUGGCUGUUAGUGUAACAUUUAGUGUUCAAACAUGUUUGUCAGAUAACUUAAAGUCAAUCUCUUGUUUAAUUGUUCACCUUUGCUCCUUUGUA